AAGAUCGAUCAGGCAACUCAAAAAGAGCUCAGUCUCAUGGUUUACCAAGUAGAUCUCCAGCAUUCGAGCCACUGGGUAGCAAUGUAAAUAAAUCAACCAGCCCUUUUAUGAACAUUCCCUUAAAAAUUGACUUCAAUUUAUCGCAAAAUUGUGGGUGUUUAAAAACCUGGGAGAACGCUGUAUUUGAGUUGCAUGAUAUAUUGAUCGAUAAUCUUACUCAAAUGUGUGGUGAGAAUUCGCCAUGGAUCAUAGAGUUAAUGUAUUUAUUUAUAAACAAGUUUCAAAUUUUCGAAAAAGACAGAAACAUUCGUAAGGAUAUUUUAGAUAAAUUAAAUAAAGAUAAGACGGUUAAAGAAAAGUAUAAAAGCUGA